AUGGAGCCCUCCAGAGCGCUUCUCGGCUGCCUGGCGAGCGCCGCCGCUGCCACCCCGCCGGGGGAGGACGGAGCGGGGGCCGGGGCCGAGGAGGAGGAAGAAGAGGAGGAGGAGGGGCCGGGGGCCCCCGGGGAGCGGGGCCCCGGCGCGCCGCUGCCCUACUGGACGGCCGUGUUCGAGUACGAGGCGGCGGGCGAGGACGAGCUGACCCUGCGGCUGGGCGACGUGGUGGAGGUGCUGUCCAAGGACUCGCAGGUGUCCGGCGACGAGGGCUGGUGGACCGGGCAGCUGAACCAGCGGGUGGGCAUCUUCCCCAGCAACUACGUGACCCCGCGCAGCGCCUUCUCCAGCCGCUGCCCGCCCGGCAGCGAGGACCCCAGUUGCUACCCGCCCAUUCAGUUGUUAGAGAUUGAUUUUGCAGAACUAACACUGGAAGAGAUCAUUGGCAUUGGGGGCUUUGGAAAGGUCUAUCGCGCUUUCUGGAUAGGGGAUGAAGUUGCCGUGAAAGCAGCUCGCCAUGACCCUGAUGAGGACAUCAGCCAGACCAUAGAGAAUGUUCGUCAGGAGGCCAAGCUCUUUGCUAUGCUGAAGCACCCGAACAUCAUUGCCCUAAGGGGAGUGUGUCUAAAGGAACCCAACCUCUGCUUGGUCAUGGAGUUUGCUCGUGGAGGGCCUUUGAAUAGAGUGUUAUCUGGGAAAAGGAUCCCCCCGGACAUCCUGGUGAACUGGGCCGUGCAGAUUGCCAGAGGGAUGAACUACUUACAUGAUGAGGCAAUUGUCCCCAUCAUCCACCGUGACCUUAAGUCCAGCAACAUUUUGAUCCUCCAGAAAGUGGAGAAUGGAGACCUGAGCAACAAGAUUCUGAAGAUCACUGAUUUUGGCCUGGCUCGGGAAUGGCACCGAACCACCAAGAUGAGCGCAGCAGGGACCUAUGCCUGGAUGGCACCCGAAGUCAUUCGUGCCUCCAUGUUUUCCAAAGGCAGUGAUGUGUGGAGCUAUGGGGUGCUGCUUUGGGAGCUACUGACCGGUGAGGUGCCCUUCCGAGGAAUCGACGGCUUAGCGGUAGCUUAUGGUGUAGCCAUGAACAAACUCGCCCUUCCCAUUCCCUCUACAUGCCCAGAGCCUUUUGCGAAACUCAUGGAAGACUGUUGGAACCCCGACCCACAUUCACGACCAUCCUUCACGAGUAUCCUGGACCAGCUCACCACCAUAGAGGAAUCCGGUUUCUUUGAAAUGCCCAAGGAUUCCUUCCACUGCCUGCAGGACGACUGGAAACAUGAGAUUCAGGAGAUGUUUGACCAACUCAGAGCCAAAGAAAAGGAGCUCCGCACCUGGGAAGAGGAGCUCACGCGGGCUGCACUUCAGCAGAAAAACCAGGAGGAGCUGCUGCGGCGCCGGGAGCAGGAGCUGGCGGAGCGGGAAAUUGACAUCCUGGAGCGUGAACUCAACAUCAUCAUCCACCAGCUAUGCCAGGAGAAGCCCCGGGUGAAGAAACGUAAGGGCAAGUUCAGAAAGAGCCGGCUGAAGCUCAAGGAUGGAAACCGCAUCAGCCUUCCUUCUGAUUUCCAGCACAAGUUCACGGUGCAGGCCUCCCCCACCAUGGAUAAAAGGAAGAGUCUCAUCAACAGCCGCUCCAGUCCUCCUGCAAGCCCUACCAUCAUUCCUCGCCUACGAGCCAUCCAGUUGACACCUGGAGAAAGCAGCAAAACUUGGGGCCGGAGCUCCAUCAUCCCAAAGGAAGAAGGGGAGGAGGAAGAAAAGAGAGCCCCCAAGAAGAAGGGGCGGACAUGGGGGCCAAGUACACUCGGUCAGAAGGAGCUUGCCUCAGGAGACGAAGGCCUCAAGUCCCUGGUAGACGGAUAUAAACAGUGGUCGUCCAGUGCCCCCAACCUGGGGAAAGGCCCGAGGAACAGCCCAGCUCUGCCAGGCUUCACCAGCCUCAUGGAGAUGGAGGAUGAGGACAGUGAGGGUCCAAGGAGCGGGGAGAGUCGUCUACAGCAUUCACCCAACCAGUCCUACCUCUGUAUCCCAUUCCCUCGGGGAGAGGAUGGGGAUGGCCCCGCCAGCGAUGGAAUCCAUGAGGAACCCACCCCAGUCAACUCAGCCACCAGUACCCCUCAGCUGACGCCAACCAACAGCCUCAAGCGGGGCGGCGCCCACCACCGCCGCUGUGAGGUGGCCCUGCUUGGCUGUGGGGCUGUUCUUGCAGCCACGGGCCUAGGGUUUGACCUCUUGGAAGCUGGAAAGUGCCAGCUGCUUCCCCCAGAGGAUCCUGAGCCACCAGCCCGGGAGGAGAAGAAGAGACGUGAGGGUCUUUUUCAGAGGGCCAGCCGUCCUCGUCGGAGCACCAGCCCCCCAUCCCGAAAGCUCUUCAAGAAGGAAGAGCCCAUGCUGUUGCUAGGAGACCCCUCUGCCUCGCUGACGCUGCUCUCUCUCUCCUCCAUCUCUGAGUGCAACUCCACCCGCUCCUUGCUGCGUUCCGACAGUGAUGAGAUCGUGGUGUAUGAGAUGCCUGUCAGCCCGGUCGAGGCCCCGCCCCUGGCCCCCUGCACCCACAACCCCCUGGUCAACAUCCGAGUGGAACGCUUCAAGCGAGACCCUAACCAAUCCUUGACUCCCACCCAUGUCACCCUCACGGCCCCCACACAGCCAAGCGGUCACCGGCGGACUCCUUCCGAUGGGGCCCUGAAGCCAGGGGCCGUCCUAGCCAGCAGGAGCCCCUCCAGCAAUGGGUUGAGCCCCAGCCCUGGAGCAGGAAUGUUGAAAACCCCCAGCCCCAGCCGAGAUCCAGGUGAAUUCCCUCGUCUCCCCGACCCCAAUGUGGUCUUUCCCCCAACCCCAAGGCGCUGGAACACACAGCAGGACUCUACCUUGGAGAGACCCAAGACCCUGGAGUUUCUGCCUCGGCCACGUCCUUCCGCCAACCGGCAGCGGUUGGACCCCUGGUGGUUUGUGUCCCCCAGCCAUGCCCGUAGCGCCUCCCCGGCCAACAGCUCCAGCACCGAGACGCCCAGCAACCUGGACUCCUGCUUUGCCAGCAGCAGCAGCACUGUGGAGGAACGGCCUGGACUGCCAGCCCUGCUCCCGUUCCAGGCGGGGUCACUGCCCCCCGCCGAGCGGACGCUUCUGGACCUGGACGCAGAGGGCCAGAGUCAGGACAGCACAGUGCCGCUGUGCAGAGCUGAACUGAACACCCACAGGCCUGCCCCUUAUGAGAUCCAGCAAGAGUUCUGGUCUUAGCACGAAAAGGGUUGGGGGUGGGCAGGGGGAAGCAGGAAGAGAUGGGGGAGCUGGCUGGCACAGCCCUUUCUUAGAGUUGGACCCCCAAGAUCCAGCCCUACUUCUUGCACUGAUAAUGCACUUUGAAGAUGGAAGGGAUGGAAACAGGGCCACUUCAGAGGGUCUCCUGUUCUGCAAGGCCUUUCUACCCAUGUCCACUGAAGGGACUGUGGCCAUCAGCUCUGGCUGUGUAGGGGAGGGAGGGGUGCGUGCAUGUCCCCUACCCUCCACAGUCUUCCUCGCCUUUAGGGUGACCCUGCGGCGUCACUCAGCCAAAUAUGUCUGCUGCUUCCUCUCCUCUGCCCUGGGUAUGCCCUGAGUCUGUCCUGGGCUUCCUGUGUCAGCCCGGGGGUCAGCCUUCCCAAUUACCAGUAUUGGAUAUUCUGUGAUUGAUUUUGCUCCUCUUUCACAUUCUUCCCCAACACCCAUAAAUCAGAAUCUCGUUUGGUGUAAGAUAUGAAUGAGCUUUUCUGUAUCUUAAGCCCUUUCAUGCCAGCUGGAGUGCUGAAGACCAGGUGCCUGGGAGGGGAAGGCGCGUAAGAAUUGCUGGACCUGGCAUGACCUGCCUCCUCUCCCAAGUGCCCCAUUACUUAGCCAAGCAGUGGUAAGGGGACCUGCCUCUGUGAGCUGGGGAGGGGGGUAGAGUUAGGAAAAAUACAGCCUAGUCGCAGUAAAAAGAGUAAGAGUCUGUCCUUGUUUUUGGAACCACAAAACAGGGCAGAAACCAGCCCCUGUUGAAGGCACCCCUCUCCUAGCUGGGAUCUGGGUAGGCACAGACCAGGUUCUAAUACAACAUGUGCUCAUCUCAGGAAUAGUUUCUUGGGAGACUCACUCACUGGUGCCAGUUCUGAAGUCAGACAAAGUUUCUGUGUUUGUCCCUUGUCUGAUCUUUAUGUUGUUUCCCUCCCUUGAUCUCUUCUCCAAUCCCUGGGAUGAGAGACUUGGGGUUAUGUGUUCGGUUAGUAGAUAACUCUGUAUUGCACCAGGCUAGCAUAAGGAGGUGUGUCCUGGACCCUGGGAAUUGGAACCGUGGGGGCUCCUUCUCAGCCAGGCCAUCGCUCUGUGAUGCCAUUAACGUAAAAUGGAGCCAUUAGUAGUACCUUCCGUAAAUGGGUGUGUUCAGGUGAUGUCGUUUGUAAGGUGCUUAGUGAGCCACUGGUACAAUAACCUUCAAAUCCCAAGCCCUGGAGACUGAGCGAGGCCUCUUGCAUAGGAAUACAGAUGGCCCCAUGCAGGGCUCUCAACAACAGAGGUCAAGUCCAACUUUCCUGAAAUUUAUUUCCUUAACUUGACUGUUGAGCUUCUUCUGGAGCUUUUUUGUGUAUCUUCAUGGUCCCACUUGAGGCCUCCUGUGUCAAGCGUGGACUGUGGUCUUUGAGAUGACAACUUGAUUGUGAGCAGAGUCCUCUUCCCUCAGAAUUCUCUGAAGACCCCACUGUCUUCCGUCAUGGAAUAUUCUCUGUUGGAGGCCAAUCUGCAGGUUCCUCGCAUUUUCUGCCUGGGUGCGAGGACCAGGAGAGUGGUGAAGCUGACACAGGUGGUGAAUUUGGUCACUGCUGUGUCUGUGCCCUGGGGAUGACAAAAGGGGUGACCUUGGUUUUCAAAUUUUUCCUCUUUAUAAGCCCGCUGGAACUUUGGGUCAAGGCACUGUUGGUUUUGUUGCCAGGGUUUUGCUUUUUGCAUCUCAUCUGUCUCCUCUUUGUUCAGAGAAGACAAUACAUAAGGGAUUAUUUUUGCCCCUGAGCCCUUACUUCUUGACUGCGAGGGGGUAUAUGUGAAUCCCAUUAGUGUUCUAGUCAGCCUUGUGACCCCCUUUCAUUCUUGAUGGCAGAAUCAGAUAGCACCUCUGUAGACCCUUGGUUCCACUCAGUGGACCUCUGGUAAGGUGCAGCUUAGUGUGACCCAAGCCAUUCCGGCCUGGACAUGCUGUCUGGUGUGAGGCAGGGAUUUUUCCUUUGUUCAUUUUCUACUCUUUGUCAUUUUUCUGGGUUGCAACGAUCUUUCUCAAAAGUGGUGGUGCAACCGAUGGAGUAUAAACCAAACAACAGCCUCUGGCCAUUGAAGUUGAACCCAAUUCUUACUCAUCCAUCCAGGGCAAAAACAAGGGAAAGCUGGGUGUCUACAAGGGAAGGAUUGUAUCCAGGAGAAGCAGAAAUGGAGUUAUUCUGAAGAUACUUCUGUGUAUAAGCAUCCAAAAAAUGGAGGUGUUGCCAUCUCUCAGCUCCUCCACACUUGGUCUCUGAUGAGCCCCAACUGCCACUCUCUGUGGGGAAGGACUGGGAUGGAAUAGGGUCUCUAUAGUAAUGGGUGGGAGUGGCUUUCUCUGGCUCUCUUAUAGCCCUAUGGCCAUGGUCAAGAGCUCCCUGGAAGCCGAGGGCCAAGCCUCUUCAGUGGUCACAGCUGGUCACCUCUUCCCUUGCCAUCUUUUUCCUCAGAGACAAUUUCCUUCUGCUCUUGGCAAGUGUAUCAUCAUGGGAAAUAGUGAUAGGAGACAGAUACCACACUCGGCCCCUUCUUGCAUCCUUCAGUUUCCUCCACUGGUUGUAAACAAGAUCAUCCUCCGUUUACCCCGUUGGAGUCCUGGCCACUCCCAGGGCUGAUUAGAUGUCCCAGAUAUCUUUAUAUGCUAUUUUCAAAAGGCUUUCAUGGAUGCGCUUAACCUCAUACUUUAGUAUCCCAAAGGUCUGGUAAUAAUAGUGAUGAUGAUGGUGUGAUGAUGAUGACGAUGAUGGAUUAUACCAUCUCAAUAUAUUUGGACAACUUAGAACAUUGCUUCUUUCCUCCUGACCUUUGCAAAAUUACAUCCUUGCCCUGCCCCAUUUGCUAUAUACUUCCUGGUAGAAAAGAGGAAAUACUUAAAGGUGAAGCUUCAGGUGUAGAAAUAUUUAAAAAAACAGUGGCUGAAUCUGGCACGUGGCUCAGACCUGAACAAGUUGGCUCUAUUUCCAUCUGCUUUUGCUUUCUGACCUUUGGCUGGUCUCUUAACCCCUCACGUUUGCUUCCUGUAAAAGCGAACCUCACCUGCUUCCCUCAGAGAGGUAGUGGGAGUAGGCGGGUCAGUGAGGCAGGUGCCUCCUUUCUGGCGACUCUGGCCACUUGCUGAAGCUGGUUCUUACCAGCUUCCUCCAGAGAACUCGCCUUCCUUUCUUCCUAUAGCUUCUGGAAGAGUGAUUUUGAACUGGCUUAGUGUGACUAAUGGAGGCCAUGGCCAGGCACACGUGGUUUCACUGCACUUAUGAUGUAGCACCUGCUGUGUAUGUACAUCCUUCUUCAUUCUCCCACUCGCCAGACCCACCACCCCCACCAUCAGUGUCUUACAGAGUAGGGAUGAGGAGGCUGGAGGGAGUUGCAGAAUCACACCCUGGCAUCGCUGACUUCUUGGGCCCAUUCCAGGGUCUGAUUUGUUCAGAGACUAGACUAAGGCCAAUGUGGGGGAGAAUCUUUGGGAAAGGGCCUGAUGGCCCUUAGGACACAGGAUUCCUCACAAGGCCCAUUUCCCUCAGACCAAGGGUGCUCAGGGACACAAGGCCUGCCUUGUUGACAUUCUUGCUGCACAGUCCCCAUGUUGAACACCUCUCUUUGCUGUGAGGAGGGAGACACCUCCUGAGGACUCCUGAUUCUUCAGGCUCACUGUUGACAAGCACAGAGCAGUGGGGAGGGGGGGCUAGAUUGCCAGGAAUGGUUGAAAUGUCCAUCCAGGAGCCACCAUGUCUGUGAAUGUGGAACCUGGACUUUUUCCUCUUGUGUUUAAUGCACCUUUGACUCAGGUGUGUGAGGGCCCAGCCAGGUAGUCAGAAACACUCAUCGCCUGUAUAGGACUGGAAGGGGAGAAGCAGGUGCUGCUGUUUCUGGAGUGCCCUGCUUUGCCUGAGGCUCUGCCAGGGAUCAUAGACCCGGGUCAGAGUUGAGACCAGCCCGCAACACAUUGAGUGUGGUGGCAGGAGCAGCCGAAUCUGGUUGUCUGAACUGCUCCCUUACUAUUUGUGUGCAGUUGCAAAUGCCUCUAACCCUCUCUGGAUCUCAGAACCCACCCGUGAGGGAGGAUGCUGCUGCCUGGCUCCCCACCCCCAAGCUUGAAGCCCUUCUAAGUUUAAAAUGUGUGGACUUAGAAUCCUAGGUCCAGCUCUGGUAAGUCUCACUUGCUAGGUUGUUUCCCUUUGUAAAGAAAAGAGAUAGAGACUGAGAGAGAGAGAGAGAGAGAGAGAGAGAGAGAGUGUUAGGGGACAGAGGUUGUAGGCCAAAACAGUCAAAUAUCAGCAGUUUCAUAUGGUUCAACCCCCCAGACCAGUUUCCUCUCUCUCACUUCAAGCCUGAGAAUGGCUUUUUAUCACACCGUGGUUGUUGUUAGGGACACAUCCCCAAAUGCCUCUCUCUCAGACAAAUGAGUGGUCCCCUAGAUCAGGAAUUCAAGUGAAUAAAUAUCCACCUCAGAAAAGAAAACGCACCACUGCUUCUGAGUACCUCAGUCCCUGGCCUUUUCCUGGCCUUGCAACCAGGCACUAGAGUUACAAGGCCAGAGGCAGGAACUAGAGCCGUGGCUGAUGAAGGCUAAUUAAAGGGUUGAGGUGCCAAAUGAGCCUGACCCAGACCUGGACUUCUGGUUGGCUGUGCCCACCAAAGGCUCCUCUCAUCGACUUCCUCUCUGAAUAUUGACAGCAUUUUCCAUCCAUCCUGAGGAGAGAUUGCCAGGUCCCACCCCCCUUUGUCCAUUUGGGUCCUGGGAGCACCCUGACCUCCCUGGGCUGCUGAGGGAGCCCUGGCACUCGUUCUUCAGAAUUUGGACUCAGUCUGGAGCCAGUAGGACUGGUCCUUCCUGAUUUUCACUGCCUGUGUUUCCCUAACUCCCCUGCCUAGAGCCUUGUUUUGGUUCCUUGCCUCAGGCUGCAGCCAACUUGGGGCCCAGUUGGCUACCAGAGCCAGGAACUGUUCACACCUCUCUUUGUUUCUCUUGGAAAUGAAUCUACCUUUCCCUGGACCUAUCUCACCCCCAAAUGGCCUGACCCUUUCUCUCAGAACACACCCACAACCUAGUUUUGCUAAACUGAUUGACAGACUGAACCUGCCGUGAGAUAGGUGCCUCAGGAUGUGAUGCCAGAAUCCAGUUCCAGAAGCUCAGAGACAGCCUUUCCUACUGGGACCUGUGGUCCCAGUGAUGACUCCAGAGGGGCCUUCUGAGCACAGGUACUGUGUGUUAGUGUCACUUGCUCUGCACUUACUGAUGUCCAAGACCAGGUUUCAGAAGGACAAGGCCUCCACACUCCGGAAAUCCUUCCCAUCUAGACACUUGCCCUCAUAGAACCUCACUUUAUUUAAAAUUUUCAUAUUGUAUUCAUCAUGAGUUGUUUUCAUUCAUUUGGUUUUUUAAUUCGCAUUGAUACAUGAUUUAUCUUUAUUUUACUGAGUUUCAUCCACGCACUCUAAAAGUUUGCAUCCAAGGUGAGGGCCUCACUCACCUCACUUCAGUCUCAGCCUUGCCCGAUCUUCACCUACAUCUGUGAACAUUUGGGCAGAAUUGUGAGUUGGUUCCAGGAUUUUUCUGGCACCCCCUCAGAAGAGUGGGGUGCUACUCUCUGGGUGUGUCUGCUUUUUAAUAGGACUGUGUUGGCUUCAGCAGUGAGACAGCUUGGGUAGUUUUCAACUUGGGACCUAUAACUGAGGGUGGUUUUUGUUGAUACUCUUAGUUCCUCAGCCUCUGUGAACGCUGAGACACUUAGAGGUAUGUCUGUGUGUCUGUGUGUGUUUUAGGAAAAAGGGAAGUGAUUACAGUAAAAAAAAGAUCUUUCAGAUUAGGAUCUUUGGGACACCUUUGAAUUUCUGAGAUGUGAGGAAGUGUUGCCCAUUCUCUCUCCCAGUUUCCAGAAAGGACUGCAGUGGGUGGAGGUGUUUUCCCUCCCUUGCUUGCCAAGAGUGCAAUCCUAGCUCUGUGCCUGGCCCACAGAGAGCCUUCACUUUGGCCAUCGCGUCGCUCUCACCAGUGUCAUUUCCAAGACCAUAUUCUCUACUGUCUUUAUUUCACAUGCAUCAUUUAUUUCUGCCUCCACUUCAAGAAGCCAUGCUGACUGUGGCUCUUUUCUUCAUCACUGCCAGAGUGAGAUAUGGGUUUAUCUUGACCUAGGUAUGGAGACUAACACUAAAUGACCCGAAGCCAUUAUAUUUCUUCCAUGUGGGAGGUGCUGUCAACAUUUAUAUUCCUACUUUUUUUUUUUUUUUUACUCAUAAUAAUUUUGGGAGGAGGGUAUUACCACUGUUUACAGAUGUGGGAAAUGAGGUGCAGAUGUUUAUUUAACAUGCCCAAGGUCACGCAGCUAGGAAGCAACAUUUGCAGUCUGCUUGGCUCCAUAGUUGCCCCUUACUUUUCUCAGAGCACAUUUUAGGUCUCUCUUUAGAAUCCCCGGGAUAAAAUCGGUGUAGCUUAGAUGCAUCUAGGCUUUGAGAUGGCUCUUUGUCCAAGAAGGAGUCAUCCUGCGUCUAAGCCAUCUUGUGACUGGAAACCCCCAGCAGGACUUGCAGCAUCCCACAAGCUCAGCUUAUUUCUCUCUGCUCCUGGCUGCUUUUUCCUCCACCAUUUCCCCUCCAUGAGUUUUCAGGGAAUGUGUCGAUUCUGUAGCUUUUCUCUCAGUACCAUGGAAGCCUGUGGGUCUCUCUCCUGAUUCCAACCCACAGUUUCUCCUUCCCCAUAAUUACCCUUUGUCACAGCUUCAACAUACCUGGCCUCUCGAGCUUGGAAGCCUUAUUGUAGAUCCUCUUUGGGAACUCGAGAUCAGGCUUUUGCCUUUUUCACACAUCAAGCCACGUACCCUUGGUACCCAGGGUAGCAAAGAAGGGAGAUGAUGAACUUGUUAACUUUUUCCUCACUGCCCAUCCUGCAUACUUGCACACACUCACAUGCUCACCUACAUGCUUACACAUAUGCUCACACAAAGAGAGAGACUGAGUCUAAGAUUGCAUCUGUCUUCUAAAGGAUUAAGGAGAGGAGUUGGAGAAGGGUUUUACUUAGUUUGCAGAAGAGCUUUCUUUGGAAUUUUCUUCCCUGUUAGAACUUUUGAGUCUCCGUGAAGUGGAAGUUCACAUUUGUGUUCUUUGUUCCUCUGUAACAAGCCGCUAAUUUUCACCUUCCUUGCUCCAUUGUCUUGUCCAUGUGUCCUGACCCUAGUCCUUGAAUUCCCAUUUUGCUUUGGGAUUAAGUUAUUAUAAUUUGUCAACAAUAUUUAAAAAUAGAAAAGUCCUGGAGGAAAUUUAUCAGGCUCUUUUCUUUGGCUUUUUUUUUUUUUUU